AUGGCCAGGUGGAUCGAGGACAAGUCGCGAGAUGGAACGGAUGUUAUCACCGGCGCCUUCAGGGUGAUGGUCACAGAACAGCCUCACAAGACCCCCUUGGUGGCUGCUCUUAUUGGCUUCCUUUGCCUCUCGCAACAGUCCAAACCCGCUGCUGCUCCCACUGCCGACCAGGACGACAUGGCUCCGCCUGCAAUCGUCGAGUCCGACUCGAUAGGCAUCACCAUCGUCAAGGACCUCGUCAAGGCCUUCCGAAGCUACCUCGAUGCUCGUCUCUGGAGAAACACGCGUCUCAGCUUGCACCUCUUUGCCGCGCUCGUUCCUCUCCACAUCAUCCCGGCUCACUCGUUGCGAACGCUGCUCAGCUCCUUCGCUGCCGUGCUGGAGGAGCCUGCCGUCGCAGCUGCGAGGGCCGACCGUGCUGCCAUCUGCAUCAUUGAAACCCUCUGUCGCGCAGGUCAGGAUCUCUUGGCCGAUGAUACGGAAUCUGCACGCUCCGAACUCGACGAUCUGGUUCAAAAAGUCGUCGCAUACGAUGCAGCCCGCAAAGUCGAGGUUGAGCUCACGCAGCCGGUGCACGGUCUUGAGUCUGUCUGGCUCGAAGGUUUCCCGGAAGCCGUCAAGGCGUUGGAAGAGCUUAGGGCCAGAGAUUACAAGCGACCCGCCUUCCUUCCCGUGCCUUCGGAUCUGCUUCCAGCAGCCAUCUCGCCCGCUGCGACCCAGGUCCCCGAAGACAAACGUACGAUCUUGCUCCCCGACGUGCUCGUCCCACCCGAGGAAGACGCCGAAGACCAAGGUCUCGAUGUCGCCUACGCCCAGCUCGGCGAGCAUCAAGUCAAACGACGCAAGAUCGACACCGGCAAAGGCGAACUCGAGGAGAAAAAGGCCGCCGUAGGUCCCGAACGCGUCAGCCUCCAACCUCGCUGGUUCGCCAACACCCUCCCCGCCGUCGCCUCGCCCGCCUCCGUCGUGCUCAGAACCAUCUUGGCCGACAUGAUCGAUCUCUACGAAGUCAACCGUAAGGAGGCUGCCAAGCUGAUCCUCGAUCUGCCCAACUGGUUGAGGAGAUCGACGUUCGAUAGCAAGGUUUCGAGCGAAGCUGGGCUUUUCGGCGAGGUGGAUGAGAUUGAUAGGGCAGAGAGUGGAUGGUCGUUGGACGAUCUGCUCGUGGAGACGAUCUUGUCUACUGCGCUGGUCCUGCCGAAUCCGCCGAGAAACCCGCUCUAUUACACUGCGCUGCUGAGGGAGAUCGUCACCAUGACACCGUCCACCGUCGCCCCUUCCCUGGGUCGAACCAUUCGCACGUUCUACAACGCCCUCGAUUCGCCCAACAUCGACGUCGAAACCGUCAACAGGUUCGCUGACUGGUUCGCCAUCCACCUUUCCAACUUCAACUUUGGCUGGGCGUGGAAGGAGUGGAUUCCGGACACGAGCUUGCCCGCGGCUCAUCCUAAGGUGGUGUUCAUCAAGAGGAUCGUCGAGUUGGAGAUUCGAUUGGCGUACUUCGACCGCGUUAAACAGACGCUUCCCGCCGAGAUCCAGCAGGCGGCUAUGCCGGCGGAGGAACCGGCGGCGACCUUCACGUAUCAGGACGAAUCGCAUCCGUACUUUGCGCAGGCGACGAGGUUGAUCAACUCCAUCAAGGCUAAGGCUAGCGCCGAGGUGAUCCUGGCGGAUUUCGAGAGCUUCAAAUCUUCGAUUCUGGAGACCUCCUCCGCCCUCCCCACCGACGAUGUUGCCGGCAUGGUUCGCGAUCCUCUACAGGCCGAAGUGGUGGUGCGAGAUCUGACCAUCCAAUCCAUCCUCUCGGUCGGAUCGCGCUCCUUCUCGCACUUUCUCAAUAUCGUCGAACGAUACCACUCGCUUCUCCGUCAGCUUUCGAAGACCUCGAGGAUGCGCGUAGCCAUCCUUUCCGGUUCGGUCAAGUUCUGGAGAGCCAACCAGCAGUGGAUCGGGAUUGUGGUGGACAAGCUGUUGCAGUACAGGAUUGUGGAACCUGCCGAUGUGGUUGAGUUCAUUUUCAGCCCGCCGAAGGAUGAACCGCAGACGAUCGCUAGCUCAGCAGCUGGAGAAGAAGAGGGGUGGGUAGGGUUCAACCGGUGGAACCUGCUCAAGUUGACGCUAGAGAAAGUGAACGGUAGGGUGGAUCAGUUGUCGAAGCGGUUGGACGAGUCGAGGAGGAAGGAAGCGGAGGAGUUGGAGAGGAAAGAAGCUUCGCUCGCCGCCGGUCUACCCGAAGAAACGCCGGAGCAAACCGACGACCUUCCCAAACCUCUACUCUUCCCCACCUCCGCCAUCCUCCCCACCCGUCCCCCUACCGACCAAACCUCGAGCAAAGACAUCUCCUCCACCGAAGCCCUAGCCAGCCUCGAAGCCAUCCAAUCCGAACAACGAAAAGUCCUCAUCACCACCCUCCUCGGCUUCAAAUCCCACAUCCUUGCCCCAACAAAAGGUGAUUGGCCGAAAUGGUGGAUUGAAUCGUGGUACAAACAGUUUGUCAGGUGCUUCAACCGUCAGCUGUUGCAGAACAGACAGGUGCUCCUCAGCAACGCCUUCGGCAACAUCCCCCAAGGCGCACAGGAGGACAGGCUGAGGGAGUGGUUGGAGAGAGCGCUUGAUCUCUUGUCCGAGUGA